GCUGUGUGAAAUAAUGCAGAUUUUUUAUUCCCAAAGUGUUCAGGAAAGUACAGAAAGCUGAGAACACUUUCCCUCAUAGAACAAUAGGGGCAUGUUUCACUCAAACUGUUGAGAGUCAACAUAAGUCAAGGAGGAAGUGCAUACCUUCCAUUCAGGGAGUUGGACAGGUGAGGGUUUCACAGAGCCCCGCCCCCUUUUUCUGUCUGCUGAUAAAGCUCCUGCAGCCAGCAUCCCUCCAUAACACAGCAUCCACGGACUGUUAACAAGCUCACGCGUUUGUUCUUCAAGAUCGCCGCCGACCUUCACAGCAGCCAGAAUGGAGAGCGCUUUUAUUCUGAUGAUUUCCACACUGAUCCUUGUUGUGGCUCCUGACGUCAAAGCAGAGUUCCCCAUCAACAAGACAAACUGUGGGGUAACCAAAUACUGUAUUUCGGAACCAGCUGACUGUGACCCCGAGGGCAACAGCACUUGUCUGUUCGGAUCGCUGAGGCUCUUGUCCCAAACUCCUCCAAACGGCAUCAACCUCCACAACGAGCUGAGUGGAAACUCCAGCGGAUACAUCGCUCUGGGGCUCACUCCAGCAUCAGGGGGGAACACCACGCUGUACAUCUGUGCUAAGAACAACUCCAAUAAUGGGAGCAUCUUCUUCACCGUGAUGUCGCUGAACAGCGCAAAUUCCACAAGUCCCCCCACACUGCUGAACAUGACCAUGCCAAUGUUUUCUGGGAAUGUGACCAGCGAUAAAAUCCAAUGUGUGUUCAAUAUUUCCAAUCUGAACGCCACCGCCACAACCAGGAGCACACCGGACACAAUGUUCAGUAUCAAGCUUGGAACCGGAUCCGUAGAUUCCAACGGUAACAUCGGGCCCUUCACAGCAUCAAAGAGCACAGGACCUCUGGACCUUGCUAAUCUGCUUAACUCUACAGUUAACGCAACAACCGCACCAACCACAACCAUGUCAGCUGCCACAUCUGUGAUGCCGUACCACGCUGCCCUGAUCCUGCUCAGCAUCCUGGGGGUGUUUGUCUUGGGAAUGGCAUGAAGUUGACGAUGAAAAACAAAAAAGCUCCGAGGACACAAUGAAGGCAGUCACUUCAUGAACUGACAACUGAGUGUCAAAGAAUGUAUUUUUUUUUUUACCCCUGGUCUGAAGAAAGCCCCAUAAAUGAUUCCCUUUGUUGCACUUCAUCUUUUUGGACCAUAAAUAGCUCUUCAACGCUUCUUUGUUGAACAUUUCUCUGAUAAUAAAUCUUUUAGGAGUUUCAAAAACAACAAUCCCUAAAGGUGACACAGGAGUUCUAAAAUGCAACAUGAAAAAAACACUGCCUGCAUUCUGACAGAUGAGAAGAUCUUCCACAAGAUCAGAACUAAAAUGAAGGGAAAGUUGCAGAUCCAGGGAGCUGAUAAGACAACAUUACCAUUUUUUAGAUUCAAUCAGCCAAUGAUGUGAUGUUUAGGUUGUAGUUUUUUUUGAAAAAAUGAAACUUUUCUGUUUAAACACCACUAGAGGGCAUUAAAGCCAAACAGAAGUCUGACAGAUUAAGUCACAUGAAGGAUGCUUUUAAUGUUUUUUAUGUUCAGUCCUAAAAAAUACUUUUGUCCUUCUUUACUCUUUUUUUCAGUAACUCAUUUUGAGCGUAUAUUGAUUGCAAUGCACAAUAAUAAAAUAAACCAUAUUUGAAAUGCUAUGAGAUUUUUAAUCAAGGCUUGUAUCUCAACAAAAACCACAAAAAAUUAAGAAAUAAUUUAAAAACUUUAUUCUUUCAUUAUCAAGAAUUGUACAACAUAAUCAUGUAAAAAAGUGAUUCAUUUUUUAAAAUAUCAGAAGCUGAGAAACCAACAUUUCAUUUUAUUAAAAAAAUCAUUAAAGUUUUUUCAUGCAGGAAUGAUUGUUUUAUAAUUAUUUUAAUAAAACAAAAAAUUAAAUAAUGACAUCUUUAAAGUACAAACUGAAAAUAAAAUUAACAAAGUCCACUAUGGACAAAUACAUCCACAGCGCACAUAUUUCUUUCAAUAUUUAUUCAGUCAUAAUUUAUUAUAAGCUUUUUAGAUACUCUGAUACAUGUAGGCAUUUCUUUGGUUAAGUCUUUGUGUCUCAUGUUGUUGUUGUUAUUUUUUUUCAAAUAAACUUUCCCACCUGAGUUGUAAGGA